AUGCAUUUGAAAGACCUCUUCGAAGCUGCAGCCAUUCUGGCUUGCGCUCUUCCUACUACUGCCUCCGUGCUGGCACAGUCGAGCAAGCGUCAGGCGGAGUCUAAAUAUGUGUUUGCUCAUUUCAUGGUCGGUAUCGUGCAGAACUAUACCAUCGACGACUGGAAAGCCGAUAUGAAUCUUGCGAAAGAUACUGGUAUCGACGCUUUCGCCCUUAACUGUGCUAGCGUUGAUAGCUAUACUCCCACGCAACUAGCCUUAGCCUACCAGGCUGCCGAGGCAGUUGAUUUCAAGGUGUUCAUCUCUUUUGACUUUGCUUACUGGAGCAAUGGAGACACCGCGAAUAUCACACAGUACAUGCAGACAUACGCAGGCCACCCAGCUCAGAUGCAGUAUAACAACGCUGCCAUUGUGAGCACCUUUGUGGGAGACAGCUUCGAUUGGACUCCUGUUAAGGCCGGGACAAACCAUUCCCUCUGGGCCCUCCCGAACUUGCAAGACCCUGCAGAGUCGUCAAGCAAUACUCAGCGUGGUGCUGAUGGUGCAUUUUCCUGGUAUGCAUGGCCGACUGACGGUGGAAACAGCAUUAUCGAAGGGCCAAUGACCACCAGAUGGGACGACAUGUUUGUUUCUGACCUUAAAACCCAAAGCUAUAUGGCUCCUGUUUCACCCUGGUUUUUCACUCACUUCAACAGCAAGAACUGGGUCUUUAUCUGCGAGAAUCUGCCUACCCUGCGAUGGGAGGAGAUCUUGUCGCUGAAACCGAGUUUGGUCGAGAUUAUCACUUGGAACGACUAUGGCGAAUCCCACUAUAUCGGUCCAUACUCGGCCGCUCACUCGGACGACGGUUCCUCGCAAUGGGCCAAGGGCUUCCCCCACGAUGCCUUGCGUGACCUGUUCAAGCCAUACAUCAAGGCCUACAAGGCAGGCGAAUCGACGCCAACCAUCGACACAGAGGAGCUGGUGUACUGGUAUCGACCGACACCCAAGGACGUGACGUGCACAAACGACACACUGGCGGCGCCGAACGGACGCGACCUACUUACAGACACGGUCUUUGUCGCGACGAUGCUGAAGGACAAGGCCACGCUGACGAUUACCAGCGGAUCCAACGCGCCGGUGAGCGUCGAUGUGGGUGCAGGUAUUGUCACGACAAACGUGACGAUGGGGUUGGGCACGCAGUCGUUCUCGGUGAGUCGCAACAACAAGACGAUUCUCAGCGGGGCGGGCGGUUUGAAGAUCACGGACAGCUGUGAGAAGUACAACUACAAUAUAUAUGUCGGGUCGGCGACGGCAUAGUGUAGCCGGGUAGCUGGUCGCUGGUAGCUGGUCGC